UGUUUGAAGGUGUUUAUAACUAUUUGGUCUAUUCUAACGUUUAUACUCACCUGUAGUAAACAUGGCAACUGUACGGCUUUUCUCUUUAGGGCGAAAUGCUUCAAAUGUUUCAGUACUGAAGUCGAGUGUGCGUGGUAUAGCUGUAACACAAGCACGUUCUUGCUACAAGUAUGUGUCCCCAGAGGAACCAAGUAUGGAGUGGAGGGACAUUACUGACCGUGCAGCUGCUACAGUGUUUUGGACAGAACUCUGGCGAGGUGCUGCUGUGACACUGGGUCAUAUUUUCAAGGAACCUGCAACCAUAAACUAUCCUUUUGAGAAGGGACCACUAAGCCCAAGGUUCAGAGGAGAACAUGCCUUGCGUCGUUACCCAUCUGGUGAAGAGCGCUGCAUUGCAUGUAAAUUAUGUGAAGCCAUCUGUCCUGCUCAAGCUAUAACCAUUGAGGCAGAAGAGCGUGAAGAUGGUGCCAGACGUACCACAAGAUACGAUAUUGAUAUGACCAAGUGCAUCUACUGUGGCUUUUGCCAGGAGGCAUGUCCAGUUGAUGCUAUUGUAGAGGGUCCAAAUUUCGAGUUCACAACUGAAACUCAUGAAGAACUGCUGUACAACAAGGAGAAAUUGCUUAGUAAUGGUGACAAAUGGGAACCCGAAAUAGCAGCUAACAUCAAAGCAGAUCAUUUGUAUCGAUAAAUGUAUUUGGUAAGUCUUCGGUAUCAUUGUCAUAUUUCCCAGGAAAUUUAGAAAAAAAAAUUACCAAUGAAAUAAUUUACCUCCAUAAUUUUACUUACCUUUAUUAGCAAAGACUAGAUCAAUUGUAUUGGUCGUAAGGUACGAAUUAAAAUUUGGCAUCAGAUAGACGACAAUAAUGCAAACUGAAAAAAAAAAUAAAUAAAAUAAAGCUAUCAUAAAUGUUAGUCGAUCAAAAUAGCUAAAACUACAAUUUGUACUUGGUUUGUUCUAUUGUGUAAAUAGGUAAAUUUUUUACCUAUCAAUAGGAAUGAAUUGUCUACAUUGGAAGACAAAACACUUCAGCCUUACACAGCUGAAGUGGUAGUUUUAUUUUUCACCUGCGAAGUGUUGAUUGUUGAUACAUACUUAACUUUUUGAGGCAUGGUAAAGAAGCUACACUCUUCUAUGGCGUAUAAAUAUUUAAUGUAAAUACAAUGUUAACACUUUA